GUUCUCCCGAUCAAAGGUGACGUGUCCAUUUUUGAACAGUGGCCGCGUAGUUGUUAAGCGCUGUUCUGAAUAUUUUGAUCACGCUGCCAAGACUACGAUGAAUUCGCAUAAUCAUGCCAGAAAUUUUGCUCACUGGCAGACAGCCAUGUCCGGUUGCACCGCAGUAGCUCGCCCAUCAAUGGCCACAUUGGAGGCUUCGUCGCGAUUUUCGAAUUUACUGGAAGCGGAAGCUCAGGAAUGGCUGGAGGAGGAAACACGCCGUACAGCCGAGUAUCUUAGUUUCUUGCGCGGUCUACGAAACUCCCUUGCCCCCAUUCACCGUUUACCCGCCGAACUCCUCGCUAGCAUCUUCACGGAGGCUACACUCGGAGAACACUUGAAACCAUUCGACUUGGUGGUGCAGAUGUCUCACGUAUGCCGUCACUGGCGGGAGGUCUUGUUGGAGAUGUCAACCGCUUGGUCCGAUAUCGACGUUUCCUGUAUCGAUCGCGCGCGGACGUUCGUAGAAAGGUCCAAUGUACCCGGGCUGAAACUACGAUGGAAUACGCCUUCUAACAACAGCGAACAGACGACCGUACCCCAGAUUUUGGACGUAAUCAUCUCUCAUCUCAGCCGAUUCACUGAAAUUAGAGCGGACCUCAAUUGGGACAACAUUAAAGCAUUACUUGACCUCUUGAGUACGCAUAAUGCCCCUGCCCUACGACACUUAGGAUUGAAGCUGAGCUGGCACCAUCGUCAAAUUGGGAUGGGUUGUAAACCGACGCCAUGUACAGCCAGUUUGCAGCUCCACUCCCUUUCUCUCUGCGGCUUUGCCAUUGAUUGGAAUUCACCAAUGUAUUCUGGUCUCAAACGUCUCGAACUCGAUGACCAGUGUAACUUUCACGCCGUUCCUUCCGUAGAAUUCUUGGAUAUCCUGGAAAGGUGUCCAGAUCUUGUUCACCUCCAGGUCAAGUUUUCUGGAUCGACCUUCCGAGUCCGGAACACCGACGCGACUACGUAUCUUGCACCGAGACGCACCGUAGAACUCAAGAAAUGCAAUUAUUUUUCUCUAGAUUCAUUCGAAUCGCAGGAUUGUGCCUAUGUCUUAGCCCACUUAUGCCUUCCCGAAUCUACCCGCAUACACCUCCAGAAAACUUGUCGUAGGGUCACGCACAACGAGUUCCAACAGAUACUUCCAAAAGACAGUGCACAUGUCAAUGCACUCCAAGCAGCUCGUCAACUUUCUCUGAGCUGUUUGCCAUAUUCCGAUUGUUGCAUGCGAGCAAUGGAUGAUAGUGGAGAUUCUAUCUUAACUAUUCAUCUGCAGGACAUUAUCGAGAGGGUUGCGAAUGUGAAGCCAGCUCUGGAGAUUUUGGUUGAUGCCGCUGCUAUCUUUGCCAACGUUCCAAUUGAAGAAUUUUCCUAUUCUUCGGUUACCAUGGACAUUGCUCAACCCGACGAAUGGUUGGAUAUCUUCAGGUCUUUUCCUGAUGUCAAGACAUUGCACUUCACCUGUGUCAGAACAGAAUAUGGCUACAAUGGUCGCAUAAAUGACCUUCUCUCUGGACUCAUUCUAUGCACACGCAACACACCUCCAAUCCUACCAGCGCUAUCCACCAUUAACUUCGAGGAGGUUGAUAUACAUGAUCGCACAAUCGAACUUUUCCAACAACUGGUGACGUCACGAAUUGAGAUCGGAUUUCAGCACAAUUACUUGGAGUUUAUCGGCUGUCACUGUCACUCUCCCACCUGCACUCUGGACGAGUUUCUGGAUACUUUGGAGGAGCUGGGUCGCUGCUAGGUUGUGACCAAUAACGAGGCCCUCGUUGUCGAAUGUCUCAAUCUCGACGAGCUCGAUACAUUGAGCUCCCGUGAACUUCCGUAGGCUAUUGUGCUCCCAUCCCCCCCUUUUUUGUUUAAAAUUGGAUAGAAGUCACCGAGCCGUUCUUUUGUUUGAGAACCCAACACCGCUACACCGCUCAAUUGUUUCGCUAAGCAAGCAGGCGGGAUUCGAGACGAUCUCGAUCUCGAUAGCGUUCGCUUCCGACAUGUAUGAAUGAGGCUCGCACCGUACCCGUUGAAAAUCCUCAAUCAAUUAUGCUUGCUAUAUACCCACAGUCUCGAUAAUAAAAUCAUGGAAGAGUUUUUAGGACAGUGCCGAGCUACGAUCAAGGAUAUGGUGUUCAAGAUGGAUGAUUUAGUGCAAUGUUUAUGGGCAUGUGCCGUAUUGCUGGUUUGAUCAUGGGGUAGCAUGAAACGAUGCCAAGGUUUUGUGGAGAAUGUCUUGCCUUUAUUACAAAGAGCCUGAGGAAGACCUUGUUCUGCUUGGUACUCACUGUUAUAUUGUAGUACGAUUUUAGCACUAUGAUGUCCGUUGUAUAUAGAACCCUGUCACGGGCGAACAACGUACGAUUCCCAUAUAUCCUCCAUAUUCGCAUAUUCGCAGACGUGGGG